AUGAGUGGAGAGGGAACCCCAGGAGAUGUAUAUAAUCAGUGGAAUCAGAACGCAAGAAUUUGUACAUGCUGUUCAGAGGCAAUAAAUAUAACGGUACAAAAUGUGUGCGAUAUAUUACAGUCUAAAUUAGCGAAGCAUGGAGGGCUCACUAAGGAUACGCAAAGAAUUUUAGAAGCUUGGUGUGAUAUUAGGAGCGCGGGGGAGGAAGAUCUGAAAUCUGCAUAUUGUGAGUAUUUUUACUAUUGGCUUGGCGAUAAAUGCCUAAAUGAAGGGGGGGGCAAGGAUUCUUUUUCGCAAUGUAUGAAUGAUAUAUAUGAUGUAUUGAGGAGGCAUCUCCCCAUAGGAGGGAUAUCUGGGGGGAAGGGUUGUUCCCCCAUAUAUUCCAACCUUGGGAAGGACGAUUUUCCAUCCAUGAAAGUCUUAUUUGAUUAUAGAGGGAAUUACGACACAAUAAGGAAGGCGAUUCCAGAUGGGGGGAAAUUGAAUAAUGGAGCUUGCAAAGGGACUUAUGGUGGGAAGACGGACGGUUGUAAGGCUCUUAUACAGGAAGUUGCUACUGCUUAUAAUAAAAUGGAGGACCACUGUCCAUAUGCGAAUAGUAGGGAGGAUACGACUGAUUAUUGUGAGAAGUUUUGUAGAAUGUUUGGACGGGGGGACAUUAAGAGCCUGAAGGAACUUAUGGGGGUAGUAGGAAUGAAGAGAGGAAAUGUAAAAGGAAGAAGAAUCCACUGCUCCUUUGAGGAGGACGAUGAGGACGAUGAUGAGGAUGACGAACUAGACGAAGAAGACGAUGACGAAGAAGACAAUGAUGACGAUGAGGAGAAGGAGGAGCAUCUUGAAGAAAAAGCUGACGAGGGGGAACAAUCUGACACGCAAGUUGGAGAAAUACUGCAGCCUCCUGAUAGGGAACAGAAGGAGGAGAAAGUUGUGGGAGCUAUAGCCCCCCAUACAGAAAGUGAAAGAGGGGUCACGGAAGACCAAUCUUCUACAUUCCAGGGGGAUGUUGGGGGGGGAGCUCCAGUGGAGUCUGUAGGAGGUGUAGGAGGUCUGGGUGGUACAGUAGUGUCUGCAGAUGAAGGGUCUCAUGGAAAAACCCUGGGGAAACUUCCCCCAGGGGAACCACAUGAACUGUCGCAAGGAAGGGGGAGUGUUCAAACGGUCAUGGGGAACUCGGAAGUUCCGAAAGUUGUAUCGUCUCCAGCGGAUGCCACUCCUAUUACACCCUCUGCUGUUGGGGCAGCGGCAUCUGUAAUAGGACUUUCAUUAAUCGUUUUCCUUCUUCACAAAUACACAUCUAUAUUUUCUAAGCUGAAGAGUUCUCCUAAGGGCAGGAGCAGCAAAGGAAGGAAAAGAGGAAGAUCCAUUGGACACCACUUUGAUACAUUCACAGAAGACUACACUUCAACAGUAGCAGACUCAACAUACGAUUCAAUGGAUGAUUCAGCAGAAUACUCGGGGAAUGAGUCAACAGGGGGUUCAUUAUCAUAUAGUGAACAUUCUAGAAUAGCAUAUAGUAGACCGGAUCACAGGAAUAUAGGUUACCCAUCGUAUAUAAUGGAACGUUGA